AUGUCCUCCGCCACCACCACCGGCUCCAGGGACAAGUUCGGCUCGUUCGAGUCGCCGAUCACGCUCGAUCUCGUGCUGGGCUCCUUCAUCGGCCUGUCCAUGCCUCUCUACAGCAAGGCGUCCUCGUCCCUGUACUGGCUCGAGAAUAGGCCGUCCCAAAAGGGGCGCAACGCCCUCGCCCAACUGCUUCUCCCCAGUGGCACCUCCGCAGCGUCCGACGCCAAAUCCACCAAAAUCGAAGUGCUCCCCGACGAGAAAUGGAACGCUCGCUCGAGGGUGCACGAGUACGGCGGUGGAUCGUAUGCGACGCUCGGGAAUGGCGGGCUCGUGUUUGAGCACGUCGAAGGCGGGAGCUGGGUCGUCGAGCCCAACGCCGAGGGUCGCGAAUGGCAACAACCCAAGAGGGUCACAAAGGGUCCGUCCAGCGAGAUAGAACGUUCAAGCUUUUACCUGUGCACUAUGCUCACACGCUCUCGACUCACUCCACACCACAGAAUCCAAAGUCGAUCGUUACGCCGAUUUCUCCUCGGCCCACCCCCAAGCCUCGUCCCUGAUCCUCGCCGUCCACGAGGACCACACCAUCGAUGAGCCGGCCAAAGUGGUCAACAACAUUGUUUUGAUGGAUACCUCGAUCGAAUCCACACCCCAGGUCGUCGUCGCGGGCGCCGAUUUCUACUCGUGCCCAGCCUUCUCACCUUCGGGCAAGUGCAGAGCUAUUUCGGUCUCGCAGACUAGCAACGGUCGACUACUAACUCACGCUUUGACUGUUUCGCGUCGCCAGGUAAAUACGUCUCGUGGAUCGAAUGGUAUAUGCCCGACAUGCCCUGGGAAGGAUCGUUGCUCUGCGUCGCCCCCGUGCGCCUGUCCGACGACAAGAAGUCGAUCGACGUCGACGUCGCGGCUAAGCAGGUCAUCGCCGGGCAAGUCAAGAACGUCGAGGCCGUCAGCCAAGCCCGUUGGGCCGAGAAUGAGGACCGAUUGGUAUUUUUGUGCGACCGAACGGGCUACAAUGAGCUGUAUCAAUGGACCGAAGUCAACGAGGCAAAGAUGGUCCUAGCCGAGCCAACUGCGCACGAUGUCGGACGUGAGUAAUGCCGACCCCUCUCCCGAGAUGUGCAAGGUUUCGGACGCGAUCUUUUCUCUAACCUGUCGAGGAUUUGAAUCACCUUUCUGCUGGACAGCUCCCGAUUGGGUCUUCGGCACGGUGACGCACGCUUUCCUCGACUCCAAAAAGUGGAUCUCGGUGGCCAAAGGAGGGAAUCUACGAGUGAUCGACAUCGAGUCGGGCUCGUCCAAGGUCAUUUCGGUGCCUUACCAGGUCAUCCACACGAUCACGGUCAUUUCGCCGACCCAAGUCGUGGUCGAGGCCUCUGUCGCAACCACGCCGGACGUGCUUGCCUUGAUCGACCUCGCGUCCGAGGGUUCGGAACCGCGGGUGCUCGAGACCGAGUCGUCGGCGUCGGUCGACCCCGGUUACAUCUCGACCGGUCAAGAGAUCACUUUCCCCGCCGAAGACGGUACCGACUCGUACGCCGUCUUCUUCCCGCCUACGAACAAGGAUCACCCCAACGGCAGUUCGGAUCCGAAGGAGAAACCCCCUUUGCUCAUUUACGCCCAUGGUGGACCCACGUCGUCGACCGGCCGUGGCCUCGAAUGGGGGAUCCAACUUUUGACUUCGCGAGGGUUCGCCUACUGCGGUGUUGACUAUGCCGGUUCAGCGGGGUACGGGAAAGCCUAUCGUGAACGAUUGGCCGGUCAAUGGGGUAUCGCGGACGUUUCGGACGUCGUCUCGUGCGCCAAAUUCCUCGCUUCAGAAGGGUACGUCGAUCCUCAACGCGUCGGUAUCACGGGAGGUUCAGCUGGAGGGUUCACGGUCCUUGCGGCGCUGUGUGCGGCGCCGGACGUGUUCACCUGUGGCAUCUCGCAUUACGGCAUUUCCGAUCUCGCGCUCUUGGCGGGUGACACGCACAAAUUCGAGAGUCAAUACCUCUUCGGUUUGGUCGGAGGCACGAACGAGGAGAUCCCCGAAGUGUACCACGAUCGAUCGCCCCUGUACAACGCCGACAAGAUUCGUGCGCCGUUGUUGUUGCUCCAAGGUACGGACGAUAAGGUUGUGCCUCCCGAACAGGCCGAGAAGAUGAAGGAGGUCGUUUUGGCGAAUAAGGGGAAAUGUGAGUUGGUGUUAUUUAAAGGGGAAGGACAUGGGUUCAGGCGGGCGGAGAAUAAGAAGGCGGCGAUCGAGGGGCAAUUGGAGUGGAUGAGGAAUACGUGGGGGAUCGUCGGAGGGCGAUCGUAG